AUGGAAAUUUAUAUGAUAAAAUCACGAUUUCAUCAUUUUGGAUAUCCAUUUACAUCAACAUCAACAUCCACCACAACAAAACGUACACCAGAAUUUGCACGUCAUACAACCAUUGCAACACCUCCAACAAAUCUAAAAUCAACCGCCACCGAUUCAAAUCCAACCACAACAUACUUUCAUAAUCAACAAACAACGACAACAACGGCGCCCUCAACAAAUCAAACAAAUACAAUAAACUCAACAGGAACAAUCAAUAAUGACUCAUCGUUUAUUACAUUUUUGGCGAAUGCAACAAAUAAUUAUAUUAAUAAUACAUUAUUAUUAUGGAAUCCACAAACAAUUACAAAUGAAACGGGUUUUAUCGGAUCGUCAUCCGUUAAUUAUACGUUAUACGAUGGAAAUGAUCUAUCAAAUAUUGGCAAUAACGUAACGUUUGCAAUAUCAACGUCGGAUGAACCGAUGUUAAAUUCAUGGUCAUUUUGUUUAGAAUGGUCAGCUGCACAACAUAAUUUAUUCCAGUUUGCUAAUUUGUGUUUUGCGGCAGCAUUUUGUGUUCCACCUAGUUUUAAACAAAGUGUUCUUUUAGUUAGAGCGUUAUUAGGAAUAGGAUUUACAUUUUGUAUAUUUUGGGGUGGAAUGGAAAUAUGUGCACCCGAUAUACUCUUAUGGAAUUUAACGUUAUCACUGUUAAAUAUAUUACACACAGUUAUCCUAACAUGGAGAUUUCUUCCACCUGCACUGACCUUAGAAUUAACAGAGUUAUAUUUAAAAGUAUUUAAACCGUUACGUGUAAGUAAAAAACAUUUUAAGGAAUUAGCACGAGAGGCCAAAGUAUUAACAUUAGAAAAAGGAGAUAUUUAUGCUGUUGAAGAUGUGAGUUCAGCGGAUGAACGAUUAUCAAUCUUGUUGAAAGGCAAAUUACGGGUAACGUGUGACGAUACACAUUUACAUUUCAUAUAUCCACAUCAAUUUGUUGAUAGUCCUGAAUGGGAAUCAAAUCAUGAACAAUCCGAUGAUGUGUUUCAAGUAACAAUCACCGCUGAAGAGGACUCUGUGUAUUUAUGUUGGCCUCGAAUGCGUUUAGAACGUGUAUUACGUCAUCGACCCACUGUUAAAGUUGUUUUAGACAGUAUUAUAGGAAAAGAUAUUACACAAAAAUUAUAUUCAUUAAAUGAACAUUUAAGAAAUUCUAGAGAAAUAGAAACUGAAAGACUGAAUAAAAAAGCGAGUUAUUGGAUGUCACGUAGCUUAUCUGUGGAUGCUGUAAAUACUGGAACACGAGGGCAUGUAAGGUCUGCCGCAUGGAAAUCUGAACAAUUACGACGGCCAAGCAUCACUUGUUCUGAUAAUAAUUCACCGCUACGCCAAAAAACACCACAAUGUUGGGUUCCAUUACAAGCAAAUCAUUUUAUGCCAACAUCACCAUUUACACAUCCUCGUACACCAUCACUUCUGCAUUCACAGCAGCAACAACAACUUGUAACGCAACCGUUAUUACCAGCAGCAACAUCGUCAUCAAUACCAUCUGGUGAAUUCACGUAUCCAUCAACUGAUGGGCUCUUAACGGUACCACCACCGGUAAUAACAACAACAACAUUAGAGAAACGUAAACUAUUUCGUAAUUCAUUUCGACGUAAUAAAGAAACAAAAUCUCAAGUAAAAUUUCAAAAACAAGUGCAAGAAGUUUGUUAUAAUAGCUUACCUCAAAGACCUAAUUAAAACACAACUGUAUGUGUGUAUUAUGUAAUGUAUUUUUUUUUAAGCCGAAAUUCUUUCCCUAUAGGAUAAGUCAAUUUGCGACAAUCUUUUAGGUGAGAAAAACUGAGCCUUGAAGCCCAUUCUGAACCAAGAAGCCACUACUCUUUGAAACACUUGAAAUUCUUCAAGAACAGGAAAAGAGAUUUGACGUCAACACAUUAUAGCUCCAAGAGGUCAUCAGUGACAGAGGAGAUACGCAAUUGUUUCUUCCUCCUUCUCUCUGUAACAACUUCUAAGUCGUGAUCAGCUACUGUCCCAUAAAACUA